UCACACCCACAGAACUAAUGGCAGCAGCAGCAUAUGCAACAAAAUUCGGCUUACUACUUCAGUCCUUUGACCCUGUCCUCAGCAAUAUCGAAAAUGGGAUAGCGCACUCCACUGAAGCAGCUGUAGAUCUAGAGGACUCUAUCACUGCCUUCCGAGCAACGGGAAACGGGGGCACUGAUAUUGACGGGGAAGAGCAGCAGAUUACCCAGCUGGAUGCUUCCAUCAAAUCAUAUCUGGACAUGGUCCAAGAGCUCAAUUCACAGAAACGCAUAUUGGAGGAUAUGCGGGCCCGCUUAACAGCAGGGCAACAGCUAGGGGACGGUGAUCUUGUGGCGUGGUUUGAAGAAAAGUAUGCGGAUGAGCAACGCGAAUGGGAGGCUACUGAUGAGGCAGCGCGAUACCAUGGGAAUGAGGAGUACGUCGAGUUCCGGCGAAAGCUAUGGGAAAAGCGAUAUCCGAACAAGCCUUUCUCCCUUACUCCCGGAGAAAAUGAGCAGGAAGAGGAUGACGAAUUAGAGAUUGUUAGCCAGAACCAGAGCCUAGUUUGUCCCAUUACACAAUCACUACUGGAAGAUCCAGUUACAUCCAACGUCUGCAACACUCUACUCUGGAAAGCAUAACCGAACACAUCAAAAUUUCGGACGAGAUAAUCAUUCAGGCCGAGCAGAAUGCCCGGUGAUAGGUUGUAACAAGUACGUCAAACUUGGUGACCUCAAGCGCAACAAAAGUCUGGCGCGUCUGGCAGCUCGAAAACGAGCACAAGCGGAGGAAGCGGCGGAGGAGGACGAAGACGAGUAUACAAUGAUGGAUUAAAGUCGUCAAUAAUUGUAAAUAGGAUACAAACAAAUACGUUCUUAUUAUGUAAUGGGCCGCCAGAACGCGAAGGCAGCUCAUCAUUAUCAGCUACUCACACCAUCAACACAUAUUACAUUAUCAUCAUACGAGUCAUCGGACUGACUGUGUGCCAGUAGACACUUUUCUCAUAGGCUGGUUGACCGCUCUUCGAGCGCGGUCCCAUACUCCUACUCCGGUUUCAACCUCAUCAUCUGAAGACUGCGCACCGUCCUCUUUUGUAAUAUAUACUGUCUUUCGUGAGA